UUCGGAGAUGACCGAACUUGUCAAACGUACAUCCAACCAGUGCGAGUAAAUCAGAUGGUUCGCUAGCAGGACAACGUGCCUCUUCUCUGCGUCUUGUAGCUCUCAAACUAGGCGUUGCUUGCAUAAUGACUUCCAGCGAAUUCGCCAACAGGAAGAAGGUCGCAUUAUUUGAUGUCGAUGACACCCUUACUCGUCCAAGACAGAAAGGAUCCCCAGAAAUGCUCGAGCUUCUGAGGAAAGUCAGGAAUAACGUCGCGAUUGGCUUCGUUAGUGGAUCAGACCUUGUCAAGAUCACUGAGCAACUGACGAUUUCCGGAAACAAUGUGUUGGAGGACUUUGAUUUUGCCUUUGCGGAGAACGGUCUUACUGCUUAUCGGCUUGGGAAACCUCUUGAGUCCCAGUCAUACAUCAAAAGCAUUGGCGAGGACAAUCACAAGAAACUUGUCAACUUCAUUCUGCACUACAUAGCCGACCUCGACAUCCCUGUCAAGAGAGGCACAUUUAUUGAAUUCCGGAAUGGCAUGAUCAACGUGAGCCCUCUUGGUCGCAACGCUACCUUGCAAGAGCGCCACGACUUUGAGGCCUAUGACAAAAUCCAUGGUGUUCGAGUUGCAUUUGUCAAGGUUCUGCGAGAGAAGUUCGCGGACCUCGACUUGACUUUUUCUAUUGGCGGCAAAAUCUCUUUCGACGUCUUCCCGAGAGGGUGGGACAAGAGGUAUUCUCUGCGUCACGUUGAGAAGGAAGGCUUUGAAGAAAUCCACUUCUUUGGUGAUAGCACUCAGCAGGGAGGGAACGACUACGAAAUCUUCGCUGAUCCCCGUACGAUUGGGCAUACUGUUACUUGUCCCGAAGAUACGAUGCGCAUCCUCACGGAGCUCUUCCUUUAAAAUCUUCAGUUAUACUAUAUACCCCAAAUAGGGAGGCCAUGGAUAUAGAGUACCAUGUAGGAUAUAUGAUAGCAGAAUCCACUCCUUGGUGCAGUCAGAGGGUCGUUAGGUAUCUUCAAGGCUUUAGCAC